AUGCCCCCUGUUCAUUAUGUAACUAUACCAAAAGUUGAAAAAAGGGUUUUAUGGGCACGAUGGAAAAAAGCUCAAUGGUGUGUUUUAUCAGUUAUUAAACUUACAAAUAAAAUUCUUUAUCGACGUCAAUGUUUAAUUGAAAUUCAAAAACGUGUUCGUAUGCGUCUAGUUUACAAACGUCAUGCACCACGAAUUCGAGGUUUGAUUAAAGUUAAAGCAUUACUUGAACAAGUUGCUUCAAUGGAAAACAUUGUCGGACAAAUGAAAGUUAAUAAAGAACAAGUUUAUAAGCAAGUACACCAAUUAAGACAACAAAUUGAUCAAUUAAUUAAUGAAAUCACAAAUACAUCUAUUAGUGAAACCAAUAUUGAUGAUGCGUGUGAUGAUCUUGUUUCAUGCAUUGGUCACGAAUUUCGUCGAUUACAACAAGCUCUCGAUGAUCAAGUAACAAAAGAAGAAGAAGAAGUUGUUAAGAAAAUUGCAAUGGAACUUGAACGUGAAAAAAAUAAAAUACUUGCUAUAGAAAUACGUUUAGAACAAGAAAAAGAAGAAUUUCGACAGUGUUCAGCUAUUGCUCAGCGUCAAAAAGCAGAAGAACAGUUUCAAGGCAAACUUACUGCUGAAGAAACAAAAUGUCAAAAAGAACAUCAAGCCAAAGAAUCUGAUGAAGAACCCCAUCUAGCUGAAUUAAAUGAACGUGAACGUUGUGAUUAUGAUAUAGCUCGACGACUUGCUUUAGAAACAGGUGAUAAAGCUGAUUUACCACAUUUAAUACGAACUCGCCGUCCAGUUAGCGUUCAAAAAUAUGAUUUAAGUAAAUAUACAUACCAUCAAUUACGUGACUUAAUCAGUACAUCUUGCGAUUUCGAAUUACUAGAAGCUUAUCAGGAAGAACUUCAUCUACGUUUGAAAACUUAUGAACGAUGGCUAUCAAAAGAUGAAAACACUAAAAAUCCAUCAGCUCCAGAUAAUAACAUUGAUGAAGAUGAAGAACGAGACCCAAAAGAUAUUUUAAAUAAUGGUAAGUUUAAUCCAGUAAUAUAA